UUGGCAGCUCUCGGAAGCCCUCCGUUUGGUCAGUUGUUGACGCCCGUCGUAGUAGUUUAGCGACGACGCCAUGCGUCUCCAUUCUUUACUGUCAAAGAUAACGCUGCUUCUGAUUACCUACGUCAACAGAAGGGGUGUAGACUGUCAAGGAACGGCCAGCCAGUGUGGUAGACCCGUCGUCAUCUCUGAGCCCCCAAGAGUUCGAGUGAACGCGGUGCCAGAAGAUGCGGACCAUGGCGUCUGGCCCUGGAUGGCUGCGCUGCACUUGAACGCACCGUCGCCGACGCAAAGUCACUUCUGCGACGGUGUCCUCAUCGGUGACCAUCACGUAUUGACGGCCGCGCACUGCAUAGACGCCAAGCUUUCAAGCGAAGUCCGUGUCCAUCUCGGUUCCCAUUUCACAAACCUGAGGCUGCCAGGAGAGCAGGUCAUCGAGGCAGAGGAGAUAUGCGUCCACAAGCGCUUCCGCAGUGGACAGGAAAUGUAUGACAUCGCUGUGAUCAAGCUGAAGGAAGCUGCUACCUUCAGUCGCACGGUACAACCCAUAUGCUUGCCCGAAACACACGCGGAGUUGCAAGAUAACACGCAGCUCUAUGCAGCUGGGUGGGGAAGCGGGAAGGAAUGCGAAAAUUGCUCCCGGGCGAAAACGCUAAAGCAGAUGACUACAAGUUCCAUUGCAAAUAGCCGGUGCUUGGAUUACUUCAACAAGACGGCGGACCCGUCCAUACUGUGCGCUUACGUGAAGGAUGUCCCAUCUAUUUUCGGCGACACGGGUAGCCCAGUUGUGGGCUACUGCGCACCGACUCACUGGGCAGUCUACGGCAUUGUGUCCGACGGCCCACGACGUGACGGUUUCGAACACUUGCCCCUCAUCGCUACCAAGGUUUCGCACUACACCCAGACCUUCAUUUACCCUUACAUGGAUGUCAUGAGCACGUCCCAGGUGCAAAGGAUAUGCGCUUCUCGUCGUUGAAUGUGCGUGCUUGUUUACUUAGCAUUUACCGCAUCAUGCAAAGUGGUCCAUCGGAACAUUCGUCGUUAUUGGUGCAAGCAGUGAACCGUAAGCUUCUACUAGCGGUAACAGCGAGGCUGUCAAGUGUUAGAAGCAGUUACACAAAGAACACCAGGCUGCCGACGACACAUUAAAAAAUGCAUGUGUGCAGUGUGCAGGUAGAAGCUACUUAGAAGCUACCGUCACAUAUCUUGUUUGUUUUAUUAAGCCCAUUAAUCAGCUGUCCACAGAUAGUUUGUGUAGGUGAGCUGAAUGUACUGCUUUCUGUAAUAAACUUGUCAUCGUCACAAAUUUUUCUGCGCGUAAUAAAACAAAAUUUUGAAUUCCUCGAAAACUACCAUCGACAGUUACUUCAACCACCGUAAAACGUUGUACAAAAAUAUUAAAA